ACUCUUUCCACUCACAUAACCACUUUCACAAACCCCAAAACAAUAGAAUCUUAGAAAGAAAGAAAAAGGGUUUAAAAAAAAUAAAAAAUGGGGAGCUGUUCAUAUGAAUCGAUGUCAUCGAUCUCCGAAAGGAUCUUCCGUGAAGAACAAUACCCAGAGCUUGAAUUUUCCAACGAAACAUCGAUUGAUAACGAAAACCGAUCUGGGUUUUUCAAGAAAGAGGAUUUAUGGUCUAAAAACAGCAUCAGGAAGAAGAAAAACCAAGUCUUCCUUGAAGGGUAUGUUGAAACAUCCGAUGAAGAUGAUCUUGUUAGGGCCAAGAGUUUAACCGAUGAAGAUCUCGAUGAACUGAAAGGGUGUUUCGAUUUAGGGUUUGGGUUUAGUUACGAUGAAAUUCCGGAGCUCUGCAACACUUUGCCAGCUCUCGAAUUAUGUUAUUCCAUGAGUCAGAAGUUUCUAGACGAGCAACAAAAGUCACCGGAGGUGUCGCCGCCUCUCGCGGCGGAGCCUGAAACCGUUUCACCGCCUCCUGCUCCGAUUGCUAAUUGGAAGAUCUCAAGUCCUGGCGAUCAUCCCGAGGAUGUGAAAGCAAGGCUCAAGUAUUGGGCACAAGCAGUGGCGUGUACAGUUAGAUUAUGCAACUAGUAAAUGUGUUGAUUUAUGCACCGAUUUGAAGCAAAAUUUUGGAUCUUGAUCAUCAGUCAUGGAGACACGACGGUGGUUGCCGCCUGCGGGAGGUGGUGGUGGUAGGAGGAGGAGGAGAAGAUUGUAAGGUUGUUGGUUUGGAAUUCUUGAUCUGGAGAUGGAUAAUUGGCUUGAUUUCCAUCAAUGACAGGUUUUGAUGAAGGUGGAGAAGGAGAACUCUAAUUUUGUGAUGGUGUUUUGAUUGUAAUGAGUUUUGAUUGGACAAAAUUGAUAGUUGUAUGAUAUGAUUUAAUUUGUAGUUCGAGAAAUAAAUUCAUGAAAUAAGAGUUCUCAUGUUCUUCUC